AUGCCUCUUAGUGAGCUCAGAAAGAAAUACUCGGGAAUGAAUUUCAAUAUAGCAGCUGAAGAAAUGCGACGCCUCGAUGGUGAACCAAAUGAUGAAGAAAAAUUGCAAUUAUAUGGUCUUUACAAACAAAUAAUUCAUGGAGAUAUACCAUCCGCUGAAGAUUAUCGAACAAACAUUCGAACAUAUGCCAGCAUAAAAAUAUCCAAACCAUCCGGAACUGAUCAAUGGAAUUUGCGUAAGUACAGUGCUUGGGUAAAAAAUAAAGGAAAAGAUCGGCAAAAGUGUGAAAAAGAGUAUGUACAAUUAGCCGAAGAAAUGAUCAAGAAAUAUGGUCGUAAAAUUGUACGCUGUAAAUGGAACAGUGAAGUUUGGACUGUUGAUUAUUGA